UUUAUAGAGAGCUCCCAGCAACUCUAGAAUUCUUCACUGUCGAGUUAACCCUUUCCCAGCCGCGGUGCUAGUCUGGGGAGAAAUCCAGGACUGAGAUGGGACAGCUGGAUUGCAACAGGGCUUGGAGCCAGCAGCUUGGAGGAUGGGAGUGGUCAGUGGCCAGUCACCUGUCCUCUCUCACCGAAAAAGAAACUUUGGCUCUUGAAAGUGUGAGGAUCUGUGUAGGGGGAUGGGCGGCAGGAGCAGCCAUCCGCCACGGAGAGCCCAGCUGUCAGCUGCCUCACAUGAAGAUGCCGUGUGGACGGGGUGGCCCCUGUGUGAGUGUGUGUAUGCACACAGCCCUGGGAGUACUGUACUUCUGCCUCACAGGAGCUGUGGAGGUCCAAGUCUCUGAAGACCCCGUGGUGGCCUUGGUGGACACUGACGCCACCCUACAUUGCUCCUUUUCUCCGGAGCCUGGCUUCAGUCUGGCACAGCUCAACCUCAUCUGGCAGCUGACAGACACCAAACAGCUGGUGCACAGCUUUACUGAGGGCCGGGACCAAGGCAGUGCCUAUGCCAACCGCACAGCACUCUUCCCUGACUUGUUGGUGCAGGGCAAUGCGUCCUUGCGGCUGCAGCGCGUCCGAGUGACCGAUGAGGGCAGCUACACGUGCUUUGUGAGCAUCCAGGACUUUGACAGCGCUGCUGUUAGCCUGCAGGUGGCAGGUGAGCAUGGAGAGGGGUCCAGCAUGACUCUGGAGCCCAAACAACCUGGGGACAAGGUGACGGUCACAUGCUCCAGCGCCCAGGGCUGCCCUGAUGCUGUAGUGUUCUGGCAGGGAUCACCCUUGACUGGCUAUGGGACCGCAUCUUAGGUGGCCAAGGAGCAGGGCUCGUUUAAUAGGCACAGCAUGCUUAGGGUGGCCCAGGGUGUUAAUGGCACCUAGAGAUGCCUGCUAUCCAACCUGGUGUUGCAGUAGGAUGUACAUAGCUCAGUCAUCAGGACAAUCCACAGAAGCCCCAUGGGUUCCAUGGAUGUCCUGGUCUCUGAAGAUGUCAUGGUGGCCCGGCUGCCACCCUAUGCUGUUCCUUUUUCCCCUGAGCCUGGCUCCAGCCUGGCACAGUUAACCUGGCAACCGGCAGAGAGCAAAUAACUGGCGUGCAGCUUCCUCAAAGGCCAGGAUCAGGGCAGGGCGUACCCCAGCAGUGCAGAGCGCUUCCCUGAGCUGCUGGCAUGGGGCAGUGUGUUCUUGUGUGUAGCUGAUGAGGGCACCUUCACCGGCCUUGUGAGCAUCCGGGACUUUAGCAGCUGACUGUCAUUGAUCUCUGCCCUCUGCCACCCUCCAGCUCCCUACUCGAAGCCCAGCAUGACCCUGGAGCCCAACAAAGACCUGCAUCCCGGGGCCAUAGUGACCAUCACGUGCUCCAGCUACCAGGGCUAUCCCGAGGCUGAGGUGUUUUGGAAGGAUGGGCAGGGACUGCCCUUGACUGACAAUGUGACCACAUCCCAGAUGGCCAACGAGCGGGGCUUGUUUGAUGUUCACAGCGUGCUGAGGGUGGCGCUGGGUGCUAAUGGCAUCUAUAGCUGCCUGGUACGCAACCCAGUGUUGCAGCAAGAUGCUCACGGCUCAGUCACCAUCACAGGGCAGCCUGUGACAUUCCCCCCUGAGGCUCUGUGGGUGACCGUGGGGCUCUCUGUCUGUCUUGUGGUACUGCUGGUGGCCCUGGCCUUCGUGUGCUGGAGGAAGAUCAAGCAGAGCUGUGAGGAGGAGAAUGAAGGUGCUGAGGACCAGGAUGGGGAUGGAGAAGAAUCCAAGACAGCUCUGCGGCCUCUGAAGUACUCUGAAAACGAAGAUGAUGGACAAGAGAUAGCCUGACUGGGAGCUGCUGCCUUUCCCAGGUGGGGGUCCCAUACUCUGCCUGUGUUGAGCCUCAAUGUGAGCCCUACCCUUAACAAGUGGGUUCUGCUCCGCUGGUCUACCCAUUCUUAAAAGGAAGUGGUACAUAGGCCACCCACAGCCUUAUUUCCCCAUGGACUUAACUCCCAUCAUCCUGCAGCCUUAUUUUUCCAGUGAUACGAUACACGAACCAUCCUGCGGCCUUAUAUGGACAUGACACAUAGACCGCUCCACCUCAGUGUUCCUCCAGAGUCAUCCAGUGGCCUUGUUUCUCCAGUGACACUUCCUUCGGCCUUAUUUUUUAUGGACACAUGCAAACUGCCCCAUGUAACUGUUGUUAUUCACCAAGGCACAUAACUAUUCAGAAGAACCCUGCCUUAUUUAUCUGAAGCCAGCUGCAAGAUGCCUCUUGGUUUUUCCCAUGGCCCUGAUAUACCUUAGUUACCGUUCCUCAUCCUUUGUUCUGACUUGUGUGGAUCCCAUCUCUUCAGCAUCUCCCAAGUCCUCAUCCUGACUCCCCUACCCUUGGCUCAGCUUUGAUUGUCUCCCUCCCUGUCUAAGUGUGACAGGGCACACUCCCCAUACACACACACACACACACACACACACACACACACACGUACAUUGAUACCGGCAGCUGCACGUGCUGGAACAGGUGCAGACUUGUCUUGCAUGAUCUCCUAUGGCUGCCCUGGGCUGUGCCCAUUCUCCCCACAAGAAGCAGGUACUAGUUUCCCUGGUUCUCAGGGCCCCUCAGGAGUCAGCCUUCAUCCUGUGCUUUCCCAUGUUUGGACUCUUUGUUACUUUUACUUUCUUAGCAAACUAACAUUUGUAGUCUGUAGAGCAAUCACAGGGGUCAGCACUGUGCUGGAUGCCGAGGUGGAGUCCCUUCCUUUUUGACCCCACCUUCCAGCUGGGAAAUGGCCUUGCCAUCUGCGCCCACAGUUUCUGGAUACCUCAUCCUCAGCCCACACUAGCCCUGGCAUGGGGUAGGAGAAGAAACCUGAAGAAAGCACAGACCUUUACCAUACAUGGAGAACGGGGUGUUUCCUAGAAUCUUUCUAGAUGUGGACUGGAAGGCAAGUGGCCACAGCCAUGCAGACCUGGAUGGGGACAGCAGCCUAUGUCAUACUGGGAUCUCCUCAACAGUUGGAGCCUGGGGCAGGCCAAAGCCAGGCCUGGAGGGCCUGAGGACAAGAAAGGGCUCCUCCUUACCACGGUGCUAUUCUGAAGCUGGGGCUUGUACCUGGUUUGUCUCUGACAGCGCUGGCUGCUGGCAGAGCAGAACUUCUGAUGUCCCCUGCAGGCAUCUCUCCCACCCCAGUACUAGAGCAUGUGAGGAUAAUUUAAACAUGGACUCUGGCCAGGUGUGGUGGUGCACACCUUUAAUCCUAGCACUCCGGAGGCAAAGGCAGGAGGAUCUCUGAGUUCGAGGCUAGUUUGGUCUACAGAGUGAGUCUCCGUACAACUGGGGCAACACGGAGAAACCAUCUUAAAAGGUAAAACAAAAACUAAACAAAAAAGUAAACACGGGACUCUGUAAACUGGGUAUAUUUGGGGAGAAAUAAAUGCCUUUGUCUUUCA